AUGCAUUGAUUUCCGUUACUUUUUGCGUCUUUAUUUCCACUUUGCAUUCUCCCACUUUUAUUUCCAGUUAUAUUCAUUAUCCAUUGUAUCAUUCGACGCUCCUGGCGUUUAUCAGUUCUGGCGUUUUAAAGUGUUUUAAGACGUCCAGUCAAGGUCCUGUAGUUCAUUCAUCCCUCCUUUAGAGGGCGACAAUGCUCAAUGUAGACUUGGGCUUUCGUCACUUCCCGUUUCACCUAAACAUAUGAACCCACACUGAGUGACUUUUGACAACUUUAGUUUGACAAUGAACACCGCUCUGAAGUACUGGAAGGAGGCCGCCACUGUCAUUCUAACCGCCGGUCAGCGGAGCCUCGGCGCGGACUCUUUGUCGUCCAGGACGCCGGUGUCCUCUGCGGCGCUCACGCCGGCGGACAGCGCUCAUGGACGGACGCUCCACUUCGACUAUGACGUGUUGAUGCUGAAGAGAAGCAGCAGAAGUGGCUUCAUGCCGAACGCCUACGUGUUUCCCGGGGGUUUGGUGGACUCUUCGGACUUCUCCGGUGAAUGGCUGGACGUUUUUAAACCGUUCGCUCACUUGACUCAUUUCGGCUUGAGACGCGUCGAGCAGCCUCCGGAGAGCAGACCUCCGAUGUUCGCCACGGAUCGGCGGACCUUCGGCUCUCCCAUCACCGGCGACGUCGCCUUUCGCAUCUGCGCGCUCAGAGAGACGUUCGAAGAGUCCGGCGUGUUGUUGUUCGUGGCCAAACAUGAGCGGGAAAGUGUGUUGGACAGGCUGAGGGAGGGUCGCACAGGUGAGCCUCUGCGAGACAGCGCCAAGGAGCUGACCAAGCGCGGAGAGCUGAGCAGGUGGAGGACCCUGGUCAACCAGGACCCGUCCAACUUCAUCAGGAUGUGCAAGGAGCUGCAGCUGGUGCCCAACAUCUGGGCUCUGCACGAGUGGGGCAACUGGCUGACCCCGGUCGGUCGCGACGGAGCCGCUAGGUUCGACACUGCCUUCUUCAUCUGCUGCCUGCAGGAGGUCCCAGACACACUCCAGGACCAGAAGGAGAUCGUUCGCUUCCAGUGGUCCACUCCGGCAGAGGUUCUGAAGAGCUACCGCGACAGACAACUGUGGAUCGCUCCUCCGCAGUUCUACGAGCUGAGCCGCAUGUGUCGCCUCACUCGACUCGACGACCUACACCGGUUCUCCAGCGAACGGGCCGUGGAAGGAUGCGAGCAGUGGCUGCCUGUGCUCAGCAGCGAUGGAGAGGGAUCCGUGUCAGCGCUGCCCGGUGACAGGCUCCACCCAUUGUCGGUUCACUCAAACCCUGAGGCGGAUGCUUCCCUACACCGCUUCGUGGGCUCAGAACCUUACACUGUAGACAUCCAGAUGACCAUUCCACCCAAGUACAAGCACCUGCAGCCGCUCAUCGGGCACCAAGACAGUAAGCUCUGACUGUCAAGUGCCCAGAACUGGGAUCAUCUUUCAUCUUAUUAUUUAUAAUCUGAUAAAUAUUUAAUUUUUCACGUGAAACUGUGACCUUUUUUUCUCGUCCUCAUGAUGUCGUUAAUCGAUUAGACCACACGAUGGCGCCAGGAACUCAAGAGUAAGUCAAUACUGGCUUUAAAUCUCGAGGAAGAGCUGAUUUCUGUGUCCUGUGACUAAAUAUUAACUGAUGUGACUGAC